AUGGAGCCGUUUGGCGGCAUCUCCCCCGGCGGGAGCAUUGCUCUAGGAAUCAUCGUUGGCCUCAUGUCGACCAGUGUGCAGAGCCUAGGACUGACGCUGCAGCGCAAGUCGCACAUUCUCGAGGACGAAAAGGGCCCUCACGACGUCCGCCGCCCGCCCUAUCGCCGCCGCCGCUGGCAGGUCGGCAUGGGCAUGUUCAUCGUCGCCAACCUCCUCGGCAGCUCGGUGCAAAUUUCGACGCUUCCGCUGCCCGUGCUCUCGACGUUGCAGGCCGCGGGCCUCGUCUUCAACUCCAUAUGUGCAACCCUCAUCCUCAGCGAGCCCUUUACGCGCUGGUCGCUCGCCGGCACUUCUCUCGUCACCACCGGCGCCAUCCUCAUUGCCGUAUUUGGUGCUAUUCCGUCGCCGGCCCAUAACUUGGACGAACUGCUGGUUCUCAUGGCGCGCAGGCCCUUUAUCGUGUGGAUGGUCCUGCAGGCGCUGUUAGUGGUGGCACUGGCGGUGGUGACCGAUGUGACGACUAGAAUAUCCAGCAUCUCCCACAGCUCUCGGUUUCGACUUAUUCAAGGCAUUUCGUAUGGUGUCAUUAGCGGCGAUCUGUCAGCGCACGCUCUACUAUUUGCCAAAUCGGCCGUCGAGCUGGUCAUCAAGACCGUGGCUGGUAAGAACCAAUUUAUUCACUGGCAGGCCUGGGCCAUUGUGCUGGCACUUGUCUCGCUGGCUCUGUGCCAGCUUUACUAUCUACACCGGGGCCUCAAGCUUGUUUCAACGUCGGUUUUGUAUCCCCUCGUUUUUUGCGUUUAUAACAUUAUCGCCAUUCUGGACGGUCUAAUAUACUUUAACCAAACAAGCUUCAUUUCACCGCUGCGGGCUUGUAUCAUCAGCCUGGGUACGGCAAUCUUAUUGAGUGGCGUCCUUGCCCUCUCAUGGCGUCUCAGCGAUGAGCAGCAUGCUCCUGGCGUUGGCCAGUCUACGCUGGCACCUGGCCUGGGUAUGGUAGAGGAUACAGAGGGUGAAGAGGAGUCACUUCUCAGCGGAGAGGCGGUCGCUGAGUCUGAAGAGGCGUUCCCUUCCUACAGCACGUUUGCAACUGCCGAGUCGACGCCCAUGACGCCGACCAAAAAGACGUUUCGAUGGGCAGAAGAUGCCGAAAUCUGGGGCGAGCUGGAAGACGAACAAGUCAACUCGCCCGUGGGCCGUCUACGGGCCAAUACAAUGCCAGGCGUGACUGAGUCUACAGGUCUUUUGCUCGGUAUCCGCAGAGCCGUUAGCGGGGCGGCAACGAUUCCGGAGGAGGGCAGCACGCACUCGGAUACGUUCACACGACGGCCGCCGCGACGACGACGCAAGAGCACCGGGUUCCCUGGGCUUGUCGCGCGGCGUCACCUGAAGAAGCGGGACUCCUUUACUGACUCGGUCAGCAACAUGUUGUCGUUUUCGUGGUGGAAGGGUAAAGGCGGGCGGGCCUCUACACACAGCGCGCCGCCUGGUGAGCCGUCCACACAGCGGCCGGCCAAUACACUUACGACCGACUCUGCGGUAUGA